AGAAUUUCUUUUGCUCAAGGAGACAGCCAAGUGCCAGGAAGGGGCCACCGAUGCACCGUCGGCGCCGUACUGCAGAAUAGCUGCGGUUUGGACCCGAAAUGGCUGCUGCUGGGGCUGCUGCUCAGCGUGGCGUCCCAGCCACCCUGCCGCAGGACGCAGACGCAGAGAUGAACGCGAUGCAGGCCUUCAUCCGGGGCCAGAUGGGCUUCAUCCUGGCGCCCAUCGGAGAGAGCGUGCGCGACAUCGAGGACGAUAUUGGGCAAAUCAAGGCCGCGGUGGAGCGGGAGCGCCGACGCGGCGACGGUCUCGAGGCUAAUAUCAAAGACGACGGACCCAAAUUAGAGGAGCUCCUCGAGAAGGUGAAAUCGAACGACGACCGCAUUGACCGGUUGGUCGAGGACGUACCCGUUAUCAGGCAGGAGAAAAGCCGAUUGGAGGCUGACCACGAGGUCACAAAGGCAACACUCCAGCAGACGCAGGCCGCCAUCCGCGCCAUGGACGAGAGAUCUCAGGUCAUGUCGCUGGACCUGGAGUCCCUCAAGGCCGCGGUGCUCCGGCUGGAGUUCGCCCUGCAGAGUGCGGGGAACGCCCAGGCCGCCAGCGGAGAGCACAUCGCGGAGAUGAAAGACUUCUGCGAGGGCCUGAACCAGCGCCACAUAGACUUGGUGCAAGACCUGAAGGAUAUCAGCCGUUCUGGCGCUGCCACGGACAGGGCCCUGCAGACGUUCCAGCAGGAGUACGCCGAGCAGAAGCAGGUGCUCGUGGAGGGGGCGCGGAAGCUCGAAGCCCAGGCGGUCGAUAUGGAGAAUCAGUUCGUCGCGAAAGUCCAGACAAUUCGGAGCGACUUUGACGCCAUUCAGACCGACAUCACCAGGCUGAAGGCACUACGUCUCUCGCAGGAUGCCGCGGACAGGAGGAUCAAACAGCUGGAGGACCUCCAGGUCCAGGCCUCGAGCGAAAGGGGUUCCCUGACGGACGAAGUGAGCGUAUUUCGGCAGGAGCACGUCGAGCUCAACAAGGAGCUCACGUCUUUGAAGAAACACGUUUUCGAGUCGACCCGAGCGCUCGAGGACUCCGCCCGGCUGGCCGAUCGCAGCCGGGCGGACCUGAGCAAAAAGCUCGACGUGCACGCUGGUGCCAUUGAGCAAUUGGGGAGCAGCACGCGGGACCUCCAGGCGGGACAGUCUCAGCUUCAGGCGCACCUGGCCGACGUCAGAAGAGACACCUACAGGCUGCAGGAGUGGCGCAACAAAGAUGCGCUCCCAAAGCUUGACAGCAACGCCAAGGAGAUCCAGGACGCCCAUGCCGGCAUCGGGAAACUCAGCAAGGACGUCGGCGUCGCAAAGGACGAUCUGUUGAAGCUCAAGGAAGACCUGGCGGCCGCGAACGUGGUGAUAGCGAAACUCGGCUCGCGAUACGAUGCCUGCAGCGGCCAAAUUCAGGGCAUCAGCAAGGGCUUCCAGGACACCUCUCGGAGCGUUGCCACCGGGGCGGACGGCAUGAUCAAGCCGAAGAACAGGGGCGGCGAUCCUGGCGCCCUGGACAGGACCCUGCCGACCUUGCUGCCUGCCGAAGGCGAGGCCCGAGGCGGCUUCGGCACCGCGCCGGUGGCCACCCCGCGGGGCGCACGGCACGCCGCGGGGUUCCUCUCCGCUCGGGGCGUGGCGUGAGCGGCCUGUCGGCGGCGCGGCGUGCGGCGGCGCCCAAAAGGGCACGUGCCGUGCGCCCAGGCUUCCGUCUGGCUGCGUCCCGAUGAAUGCGAGGCCAACUGCCCGCGAAGGAAAAAGCAAGGGCACUUGCUAUCCCUCGGCGGCGGGCGAGGGGGUGAAGGGA